CGCCGUCGUCGUCGUCGCCGUCCGUCGUCGUCGCCGUCGUCGUCGUCGCGUCGUCGCGCGUCGUCGCCGCGUCGCCGUCGGCGCCGCGCGCCGUCGCCGUCGCCGCGUCGUCGCCGUCGCCGUCCGUCGCCGUCGCCGUCGUCGCGCCGU